CAUCUACAUCUCUCAACAUGAAGAUAUUGUGUCUGAUCCCCCUCUCCCUCCUCCUCCUCCUCCUCCCUCUCUCCCACUCCUGUGGUAGAGAGAGAUGGUCUGAUAAUGCCCUUCAGUACAACGCGUUUAACCGCAGUAAGAUCCACCUGAGCCCCAUGGUAACACUAGUUAAGGACCACUUUACCAUGUGCUCCUGGGUUAACAAGAUGUUACCGGGUAAGGACAACUUCUGGGCGUUUUACGGGACAGAAUCCUACCCUGUGUUUCAUAUCUCAGAUGACCUGAAGAAAGUGGGAGUGUUCAACUCAUCAAUAGUUCUCAGCAAGACCCCUGACAUAACUCUGAACCAGUGGUAUCAUACCUGUCUCUCCUGGAACGGAGCUAGUGGAGAGUCCAGCCUGUACCUGAACGGAAAACUCAUCGGAACAGGCCAGACUUCAGAUGGGGUUAAAGUGCCGGGCGACAGUGAACUGUUCCUAAACUGGUGUCCGUACUCGGACGGAGUGUUCUUUGGAGGCGAGCUGUUUAAACUACAGUUCUACAAAGAAGUCCUGAAAGUAGAGCAAGUGGAGAGACUGCACCACCAGGGGAUAUGUUCAGAUGUGGAUCAGCUGUAUACUGAUAUCAUGACGCUGCCCUGGGAGUACUUCAUCCUUCACGAGAAAUACAGGUUUAACGUACAGUUAGUGCCAGUAAAGUGCCAGAGUGAACACAGUGCCUGGAACGUGCUGUACAGCGAGAGGUACCUGGGCAACGUUAUCUCCAUCAAGAUGGUGCAGGAUCUCAAGAAGAGAUGGGAGUUAUUGGAGGAGUUCGCUGGUCAUCUCAUUGAUGAGAGUCUAAUUGAACACCUCAUCCAUCACCACGAUAUUUAGAUGCCACGACAUUUAGAUGCCACGAUAUUUAGAUGCCACGACAUUUAGAUGCCACGAUAUUUA